CUGAUCAAAGCCACUCCUCCGUGCUCCAUUAAUAAUAAGCAGACAAGAGGAAGAAAAAACCCAACAGAGAAGAAAGUUCAUCCAACAUCAUCAUCUAAAAGCUUAUUGUACUCAAUAUCGUCUGGUUGCUCUACUCAGCUUCUCCAACCUUCGCGUUUUCCCCCACCAGAAAGUCCGAACUUCGCUAAGAUAAAACUAUCUCUGUCGCUACUAAUUCAUAAAGCCGAGGCAAAGCUAUUCUUGACAUAUUUCCCUCAUUCAAGUCCUCCCACCCUAGAAAACAAACGUCCUAUAUUCUCAUUCCCAAUCGCGAUGUAUGCCACACGAGUUCUACGCCAAGCGGCAGCACACGCCGAGCGCACUCCCUUGAUUCGCUUCAUCGGCAAGCGAUCCAUUCCUGAAAAUGUAGACCACACCCCGCAACCGCACCCGGCCUCCCCCAGCGGUGCCCUCCCGUCUGACUUCGGCAGCAGCGGCAACUCUCACACAUCUUUCUCCACGUACCGCGACCACGCUCAGCAGCACGGUCCUCUACGUAAGACCAUUGGCGCUGCCGGUGGCAUUGGCGCUCAGUCGGCCGCCCGCCUCGGCCCCGUUGAACCUCCGAAGGGCAUCUACUUCGACCGCAACCAGCUGCCCGAGCGCUUCCGCCGCGUUCCCCUCACGGCAGUCGAGAUUGAGGCCAUCGAGACAGGCGGCGCUGCUUUGUUCGGUUGAGGCCCCGCUCCGUCUUGGCGGGUAUAAAAUGCAGCUAUACCCGUGCGAGUAUGACAAACAGACGACGUUGUGAAUUCGGCGACAGAGCAGAAUGGCGGGCAAGCUGUAUUGCUCGAUGCUUC